AUUGUGAUGCAGCAUGUAAAAUCUUUAAUGAUUGUUGUGAUGACCUUCAUGAUUUUUGCUCCUUUACGCGGCCGUUGAUUCUCAACAAUACUGACAAGUACGAAUGUGUCAGAGUUUCCCCACAACAAAGGGUCCAUCUAUUGGCAGGAUGCAAUGCAGACUUCACUGAUCAAGAAAUGGUAAAAGCAUGUGAAGAACCCUCAGGUCAGACCAAAAAUCCCUUAUACAUUACACCAGUCACAGACAACUCCACAGGUCUCAGCUACAAGAAUAUAUUCUGUGCAAAUUGCAACAAAAUAAAAAGUGAAUACAUGGUUUUCUGGAGACAUACAAUAGAGUGCAGUGCUAAAUACUAUCAGAGUUCUGCUGAAGUGAUUCAAGUAGACAACAUCACAUCUGACAGCCUAUGGCAAGCUGUGUUUGACAACUCAGAAAAAUGUCAGGUUAAUUUAACCAUCGAGGACACCAGUACUUUCUCCCCACCCCUCCGUGGAUGUCGCCCUAGCAACAGCUGUGAUGAGUUUAUUCCUCCAUUUGCUGGUGUUAAUGGGUAUAUCGCAUAUUUGGGCUUUGAAAUACUGAUGGAUGUUACAAGCAGUGGAAAAAUCAAAAUAUCUAAUCGUAAUUUCUUGGGUGUGGUCAGUAAACUGAAGAGCCUUGAUUCAGAGUGUACUUUAGAUGGCUGUCAUGUUGUUACCUGUCCACACUUCUACAUCUUACAAGAUGGCCGCUGUGUUUAUAAUGAACUCUUGGUAAAAAUCAAGUAUGAAAUGAAAGUGAAAAUGAAAGUGCAGUCACGGUGGUUGUUUCAUCAGAACCACUUUACCAAGGGGGAAAUGCUGCCUGUGUUUGGAGAUGGAAUUCCUGUGUUUGGGGUGCCAGAACACCGAUUCAUAGAAUGUAAAAACUGGGAUAAAGCUCUAAGUCUGGUAGUUUGCGAAUAUGAGUUUUACAUCAACUACAAAAUGCCUAAAUCUCUCUCUCAGAUACAGGUACUUAACAUUCUAGAGAACAACAUGUUAGUAGUCCAUGAUAGCAUGCAACGUCAGGUCAUUGAAGGAACAAUCACAACACGCUGGACCUUGAUAGAUAUUGUUAAUCCAAAUGAACUGUUUGAAUUCAGAAAAGGUGACAUGACUUCACUGGAUGCUGACCUAAGCCUACCAGCAGGUGAUCUCAGUACACCAGAGAAUGAUGUAACUGCACUUGAUGAUUCCCUGGGUACAAGAGGAAGGCCUAUGACUGUACCAAAUGCAGCAAAUAAUCAAAUCAAAACAUCCAAGGUUUUGAAAAGUGAUAGUAUGAAACUAAGAAAGGCAACCGGGACACUCCUAAUAUGUCUCCUCUAUGGUGUGAAAAUCAGCAUUCUGAUGUAGACUAAAGUAAAAGGAAAUGAGUUGUAUGGACAAAAGUGACAGAAAGUCAAUGAGGCCUAAAUGUUUCCUAUGUGGUUUGACACUCAUUCUGAUGUAGACUAGAGUAGAAAGAAAUAAGUUGUACGGACAAAAGAGACAGAAAGUCUAUGAGGCCUAAAUGUUUCCUAUGUGGUUUGACACUCAUUCUGGUGUAGACUAAAGUAGAAAGAAAUGAGUUGUAUGGACAAAAGUGACAGAAAGUCUAUGAGGC